AUGGGACUCGAAGCCAUCCGCUAUGACCCCAAACUCUUGCAUAUCGACCGCUCCAGUUGCGCAUAUUACGCCAAGUCCUAUUACGGCAAGUACAACACAUUUUUGAUCGACAUUGGACUUAAAGAUAUGCCUGGAGGCCGUACGCCCGACGAGCAAUGCUACGACUGGYACAGGGCGCCUCUAGUCGCCCGUUUCAAACUUAUCGAGGAAGGUCUCGAGACGACAUGGCCCAAAUACAAGACCGGGUGUUACAAAGAUACGGAGGCGUUUCCAAGGCCUCAUAUGAGGUUCCAUGUGAACGAAGAUAUCCCGAUACAUUGGGUCUGCGUUUGA